UCCUGCCGAAGCUGCAGGCCAUGGCUGAGCUUAGUUACUCCGACCUGAUCGCAACACACUACAACUACACCGGAAAGUUCCGUAAGACACAACAGGACUCGGGUCUGAAGGCAGACUCGGUGGUCUUCAUCAUCGUGUGCUGCUUCAUCAUCCUGGAGAACAUCCUGGUCCUGACCACCAUAUGGAGGACCAAAAAGUUCCACAAGCCCAUGUACUACUUCAUCGGGAACCUGGCGCUGUCCGACCUGCUGGCCGGCGUCGUCUACACUGCCAACAUCCUGCUAUCGGGCGCCAACACCUACAAACUGACGCCCACGCAGUGGUUCUUCAGGGAGGGCAGUAUGUUCGUGGCCCUGGCAGCGUCCGUCUUCAGCCUGCUGGCCAUUGCCAUCGAACGCCACCUCACUAUGCUGAAGAUGAAGCUGCAUAACAACGGCAACACCUGCCGUGUCUUCCUGCUCAUCAGCACCGUGUGGAUGAUUGCGGCGGUGCUGGGCGGGCUGCCGGGAGUGGGCUGGAACUGCAUCCACAGCAUGACGCACUGCUCCACCGUGUUGCCACUUUACCAUAAGACCUACAUCCUGUUCUGCACCACAGUCUUCAGCAUCAUCCUCAUGGCCAUAGUGGUGCUCUACGCACGCAUCUAUGCGCUGGUGCGCACUCGCAGCCGCAAACUUGUCUUCCGCAAAGUGUCCAACGGACGCAGCAACGCCGGCGCCAAUAGCAAGAGUUCAGAGAAAUCGCUGGCGCUGCUCAAGACCGUUAUCAUCGUCUUGAGCUGCUUCAUUGCCUGCUGGGCGCCGCUCUUCAUCCUCCUCCUGCUGGACGUGGCCUGCGAGACGCUGCUCUGCCCCAUCCUCUACAAGGCCGAGUGGUUCCUGGCGCUCGCCGUCCUCAACUCUGCCAUGAACCCGCUCAUCUAUACGCUGACGAGCAACGAAAUGCGCCGCGCUUUCCUGAAGACCCUGCUGUGCUGCACUGCCUGCAUCCGACCCAAAGCCAAGUUCACCGGGCCCAUCAUAGGCGCGGAGUUCAGCCGCAGCAAGUCCGAUAACUCCUCCCACCCAAACAAGGAGGAGGCGGACUACACACCAAGGGAGACGACGGCAACAGCGGCAUCCUCGGGGAUCGUCACCUCGCCGUCCUAAACGUCUGAACCCUCGGCCUCAGAUGCAGCGUUUGUGUUUGACAGGUGGCAACUACACCAGGUGGCAUCAUCCUGGACCGCCCUGAACCUUCAGCUGAUCGGGACUCACAGCACUUAUGGAGACCAGCUGGGACCAGUGAACUCUCAGAUGGAGAAGGUCCACACUCUGUAUGAAGCUCACACCUGUUAACACAUCGUCACACCUGCAAGAGCAUCAGGUAAACUGGUGGAUCUCUGGAGGAGCCGGGUUCAUCUGAGCUCACCUGGUUCAUGUGGAUCAUGGUGGUCCAGGUCACCACAGGAUUUAUUCUGAAGUUCCAGUGAAACGUGGACAGGUGAAGGUUUGUAGCAGCAGAGGCCUCUCGGAACUGAUCUGAGCUUCAUACAGAGCGUUUCCUGAGUCUUGUAGAAGAGUCCAACUUUAUGCUGACCCUGUAAGAGCAACUAGAACGUGUAGCGCUUUUCAAAUCUUUAAGAAAUAAAUCCAUGUACAGUUUGAUUUUUCCCUCCACUUUAAACACCUCACAUGUGGAAACAACAGGUGAAUUCAGAGCGAAAGUGCUUCUCACAAACUGGUCACCGGUCAGAUAAAAACGUGUCUGAUCACAGACUCAUUGCGUCUUUAUGUGUGUGACAUCAUCCUCCCAACAGGUUAAACCGAGGCAAGUGCUAAAAUCAGGAGCAAGUACCUCAUGAUUUAGAGUGUGGGGCCACUAAUCACAGUGUCAUUACCCCCCAUGGCAAUCAUUCUUCAAACUAUUAGACGAGUAACUGGCAGCAAAGCAGGUGAUAAAGAGGAGGCAAAAGAAACAGCAGCGCAGUGACACGUGCACAGUGUGGAGGAACAGAUGUGCAUUUGCACUCACAGUCUGACGUGGUGCAGAUUUUCAUACACAACAGCUUCUGCAGCCUUCAGGGAGAGGUCUGCAUGUUACUGUUGGAUUACUGUGUAAUCCAGUGGGUCUCAACCUAGGGGUCAGGUCCCUCCAAAGGGUCAUCAGAUAAGUCUGGGGGCUCAGCACACCAUUCAUUGAGAGUACAGAAGGCUUUUUAAAUGAAACUAUCAGAAAGGUUUAACAUGGCGAGAUGUUGAUUUUUAAACCUGUUGAGCCUGGUAACCUGGUGUGUAAGGACGCAGCUGGUUUCUAUUCCGCUGAACUCGUCUAAAACACAGCAGGUCUUUUUAUAGUGUCGUCAGGUCAAACUAUGACCUUCAUCCAGUGAAGUUUUCACACCCAUCAUAUAAAACACACAGUGACUGCGGCGCAAGAAGCCUCUGAGCUCUGAAUUCACACCUGACAUUUCUGUAAAACGUUAAUUGUGUACAAGUUGUAGAAACUCUGGGUCAGAAUGUAUUUUCUACUUCCUGUCUGUGUUGUUGCAGUCACAAUAAUUUAUAAUUGAACCAGGAGAAAAACACGAUGAUGUUGUCAGAUACCUGGAAAUAGAGAGGUUUUUGUUUAUUCAUAUUUCGGAGCUGUGGAGGCUCAUUUCUGCCAAAACAUUCAUUCUCAUUAGUUUCUCAGAAUUAAGAUGGUGUUUUACAAUUAAGGACAAACCAUUGUUUUUAAACCAUUAAAACCAAAUUAACAUUUUUAUUGCAUUAAAAAAGACACAAAGGUGAAAACAGCAGCUUCAGGCUCAGCUCUCUUAUGUCAGUGUCCAUUUAAUUGCUGUUUUGAAGCUCUUUAUUACAUCACAUGGUCUUUGUCAGCACAUUUCAAGGUCACAGACAAACCUCAAGUCUCAGUGUUUGAGCCAAACGUAAUGACCUAAAGCACCCGUGGCCGUUUGCUAAACGGACCAUGAGACUGUGUUCACAGUGGCCCAGGUAAAAACUGUAAAACAUGACCUGAGUCUUGUUUACGGUAAGAUCAUAGUUUUAUCUUUGAAGUUGCUGCUCAUAAUUUCAUAGAGGAAAGUCAUGUUUUAAGAAGACUAUUACCAAAUUUAAUUCUGGCAGGAAUGAGCCUCCAUACUUUCACUGUUGCCAUGGUGACCAGUCACCUUUGGGUAUCAGGAGCCAGUCGAUUAAUCCAUCAGUUUCCUGUGCAACGGUUUGUGUGUCUGCACUGUUUAACUCCUGAAUGGUUUGUUAGCACUUAAUAAAAACAGAAGUAGAAACAC